ACCCACCCCUUUCCUCUGCCUUACCCCCCCAUUCUCUCUCUUUCACAGUUUCUCCAACAUUCAUUCUGAAGACGGUCCUUGCUAGUUGCGUUUCUCGAGUCCGUCCAUAGCGGAAAACAAUCGUUCCAUUCCAGUCAUUCCUGCAACCCUCUGCGGUCGCAGACCUAUUCUACCACCAUUAAGCCCAAUCGGUUCUCACCCGUUGCAAUGUCGGACGCCUACUAUGAACGUGAGGCGGUCAAGGUCAGACGCUACAGAUGGCCCGAACUCCUGCUCGCAGUCCUUCUAUUGGUGCUGUUUAUGUCCGGGGCAAUUGUUUUGGGAGCCUUCGCCUACUUCACGGCAAUACAGCAAAGGCUCUUCAUUGCGGUCCCAUGGUGGGUUUGGCUCCAUUCUUCACCCGUCCGUCUCCUACGGAACGCAGUUACUAAUAGCAGAGCGUGUAGGUACUACUACUUCCUCCUGGCCAUCUCGACCCUCACCAUAAUUUUCGUUUUCGCCGUUGUCGCCUUGUAUUACGUUCACCUCCUGCUUCCGAUAAUCGUCAUGGUCUCCUCGUUCGUCAUGUUCGUGCUCUGGUUGACGGGACUGAUCAAGGCCAGCAUCGAACUAUGGGGUCCUCUCGGCAGUAUCAAUGAUAACUGCGUGCGAUACGUUUACAAUGACGAUUUCUGGGGUGGACGCAAUUUGGACACCCUCGCUAGGAUACAGCAGGAGGGUGUUUGCAAUUUGUGGAAGACCACUUUUGCGUUGGAAAUGGUUUCGACGUAAGCUCCCUUUCCCUACUCCUAACACGAUUUCGAGCCCGAGACUAAUUGAUUUGACAGAUUCCUGUUCCUGUGGUUGAUCCUCAUGAGCUGGCAGGUCAUAAGCCGUGCCCGAAGAGAUUACUAGUCAAGAAAUUGUGUGGCCGGUCGGAUCGUAUCCUUCAUUUUCUUGCUUGCAUUGGGGAAGGGUGUUCCAUGUAAAUUGGAUUUCCUUAUCUGCUUCUUCUGUCCAUUUUCUGAAAAUGAUUUUUUUUUUCUAUUUAUUGUCACGAAACUUUAUACCCCAGGAGUGGCAUGGCUCUUAAUGAUGUUUGGUAUUUGAUGUGCUCUGGCGUUUUUUCCCUUUUUUUUUUUGGACCCUAAUGAGUUUGGAGGUGAUGAGAUGUGGUCAGCGAUGAUGUAGGGGGGCACUGGGUCUAUUCUGGGUGAAAUUGGGAGAGAUGGGGGGGAGGGCUUCUGGGCUUGCAAGGAGUUGACGUACGGUAGUGGUAUGGACUGUAUUUUUUUUAUUUUUAGCUUAUUAGUAUCAUAUAUAGAAUGAGAGGGAGUUUGGUUUAUCAUCAAUUGAGCCUGUGCUGGAGAGAAUAUGGGGCAAACUCGCUUCCUCCUGGAGGCAUCUCUCUAUGGUGGAUCCGCGAGGAUUUCAUCAACGAGAACAGUCACUUGUGGAAUGACCAUGAUAAAUUUAACGCUGGGGGCACUUCCUGCUAUGAUGGGAUAAUCUGCCCCGUUCAGGUUAGGCAGAAACCCUUGAGAGGUUCACGAAACGAAGAGCCUCGACGAAGAGCCUCCUCGCCCCCUGACC